AUGAAGCGGCCGCUGAGCCCGUCCCCCUCAGGAGAGAAGGAGCCCCCCACAACUGCAGCAUCUGAGUGCCCCCCUCACUCUCCGGAAUCAUCGAAGCCGAAGCGGGAAAGGAAACGACCUUCCUACACACUCUGCGACGUCUGCAACAUCCAGCUGAACUCCGCGGCCCAGGCCCAGGUGCAUUGUGGGGGACGUGCCCACCAGCGGAGGCUUCGGCAACUCAGCCUGGGCAAGACCUCCACGCCAGCAGGCCCUGCCUCCAGCGCCCCCAGCCCCCUGCUGGCCUCCCUGACCCUGCCCACCCGGCCUCUGCAGCCCACGCUGGACUUCAAGCACUUGCUCGCCUUCCACUUCAAUGGCACCACCCCGCUCAGUCUCUUCCCCAACUUCAGCACGAUGGACCCAGUCCAGAAAGCUGUCAUCAGCCACACGUUUGGGGUCCCCUCCCCUCUGAAGAAGAAGCUGUUCAUCUCCUGUAACAUCUGUCACCUGAGGUUCAACUCAGCGAACCAGGCUGAAGCUCAUUAUAAGGGCCACAGACAUGCCAGAAAACUCAAGGCUGUUGAAGCUGCCAAGAGCAAGCAGAGGCCUCAAAGCUUGAACCCAAAUGGGACCGUGGUAUCUUCAGACUCACCUCCAGCCACUGGAAGCCCCAGAAAUUCACAGAGCAAAGCUCCUGCGUCCCCUCCUCUCGGCCCUUCGCAUCAGCUACCGCAGACCCCAGACCCGACAGCCAGAGAACAGGCCCACUCAGACCUCUCCGAUGCUGCUGCUUCCGCUUCCUCUUCUUCCUCGUCUUGCCCACCCUGCUCCCCGGGGCCUGGCAGGGAAGCACCGGGACCUGAGCCCGCAGAAGUGGAUGUGGGAAAUGGCGUGAAUGGGGAAGGCAGGGUCGAGAAGGUUCGCCUCUACUGCCCUACAUGUAAGGUGACAGUGAACUCUGCCUCUCAGCUUCAGGCUCACAACACAGGAGCAAAGCAUCGAUGGAUGGUGGAGGGUCAUCAAGGGGCUCCCCGAAGAGGCCGGGGCCAUCCUGUGUCCCGGGGAGGGGCUGGACACAAGACAAAGAAAGUGAUAGGAAACCGAGGAGGCCGGCAGGGACCUAGCCCUCCUUUCCACUGUGCCCUCUGUCAGCUCCAGGUCAAUUCAGAGACCCAGCUCAAGCAGCAUAUGAGCAGCCGGAGGCACAAAGACCGCCUGGCUGGGAAGCCCCCCAAGUCCUCCAGCCAGCACAGCAAACUGCAGAAACACACAGCUCUAGCUGUGAGUGUCCUCAAGUCUAAAUUGGCCCUGCAGAAGCAACUCACCAAGACGCUGGCAGCCCGCUUCCUGCCCAGUCCGCUGCCCACCACAGCUGCUGCUAUCUGUGCCCUGCCAGGGCCCCUGGCCCUCCGGCCUGCUGCCACAGCAGCUGCCACCCUCUUCCCAGCUCCCGUCCUGGGCCCAGCUCUGUUUCGUACUCCAGCAGGAGCUGUCCGGCCUGCUGCAGGCCCCAUCCUUUUUGCUCCCUAUUAG